UCAACAAAAACAUCCGUCCGCCUGUCCACCCGUCUGUCUGUCUGUCUAUCUACCCACCGCGCGAGAAGCGUGCCGGAUGCGUUUGCUUAUAAAGCGAAUAACGAAACAAUACGCAAUCUGAAAGAUUCUUUAAAAUCUCAAGAGAAUAGACGAUGGCGAAAAAGUGCGAGGUUGGAAGCUGCCGCUCUGCCGAAUUUCAGAUGCCAGUCGAUUGCUAUCUAGUUCCGUUUCCUGAUGACAAAGACGGAAGGCAGCCUCUGUGGAUAGAGUUUGUCAAGGGUAAAGGUAGUACUUGGAGACCAGGGGCUAAGUCUAGGGUUUGUACGCUGCAUUUUGCAUCUCAUAACUUCUUCAACAAUGGGAGGAGGAGAUCGCGUUUACUAAGGACUGCCGUACCAACGUUAGAACCAGAUCUGGUGCCUUCCUCAACCCUUCGGCCAUCCUGUGACGCCAUAUCAGAAACAUCGUCGUGGUCGGCAACAGCCAAACCCAUUCUUCCGAAGCCCUCUGUAAGCCUACAAUCAAAUCUUCAAACAAAAUUUAAUGGCUCAAGUUUAUCAGAUGUUCUUAAUUACAUGAAAGUUGAAGAGGAAGAGUAUUUAAACAAGGUGCAAUUGAAAAGAAGCAUCAGAGGUUUGUUAAUUCAUGUUGAUGAUCUCUGCAAAAGGUUUCAGAAUGAUCCUGUGAAGGAGCCAGAACUAAAUUCCAUGCGAUAUAUCCUUCUUAAAGUACUGAACAACAUCAAUCUUUCACCUCAGGAAGCAUUAAGUAUGUUUCAAAAUGAGGUGGCUGAAAAAAAUUACAAUCAUUUGAGGAGACUGGUGAAGGUAGAAAAAAAACAGUUCAAGGCUUUAGUUAGGUCAUUUUCAUUAAGUUUGCAUUUUUUUUCUCAACCAGCUUAUUCAUACAUAAGGCAAAAGCUGAGAGGUGCUGUACCGCAUCCUCGUACCAUCCAGGCCUGGUACACCACAAUAGAUAAAUACAUGCCUUAGAUUUUAAUUUAGCUCUGUGUCUUAAUAUUUUCAUUUUAAAUUAUUGGGAUGCAAUAUCUUUUUCUAACUCGUAAUCAAGAAUUUACUGUGUACGAUUCCCUGAAAGAGAAUAUUGUGUCAUUCUAGAGCCAUUCUUUCUCAUGCAUUGUACCAACAUGAAAAUUGAUUUUAAAAUUAGCAAUUAAAUACAAUGAAUUGUAUAGCUCAUGGUUUUGCUAAUCGAUAAUUAUCCUAUUCUUACUUUACCUUUGUUUACUUAAUGUGGUCAAGUAUCAAAGGUUGAAUGAGUGAUUUUUUUGUUGUGUGUGUGUUCAUUGAGUUGUUUGAAUUUUCUGUCAGUUUCCGAAAUUGUUGUCCAGUGCAGUAGCACAGUAUCUAACCUAAAGUUCCAUAACUUCUCCAAACUUUGUAAAGUGUCAAAUGGCAUUAUGGCAUGUGUGAAAGAGAAAGACCUUUGUAGUUUUUAGAAAUUCCUUUUAAUGUAGCAAAGAACAAUUAAACAACUAAAAAUAA